AUGAGUUCUGCACAAUCGGAAUCGAUGGCAAGUAGGGUCCGAGGUAGAGUUCUGCUUGAGCAGAAUGUGGCACCAACUGCGGAGACGAUCUGCGCUGUCCAGGCUCUGCUAAAUUACGUCACAGCCGCGUGCCUGGUUAGUCAUCAUGGACCCUCUUUGGUUCUCCUUCUCUUCAUCCAGUUUGCUUUCGAACAGGCAGUCAUACCAGGAAUGCCUGCAAUGCUGUCACCAGAUAACUCCACACUAUUCCAGCUCCGCGAGCUGCUAGGGCCAGAUUUUGCCAGCCAGCUCGCGGCGCUGGUGAACCGCGUCGGGGUGACACAGGCGGCUGUUCGCGUCGAGGCCCAUGUGUGCUCCACUGGAGGCAACCAGGCUGGCUCAGUCGUGGGAUAUCUCGACCUUCAGUCUGCCAGACAGGGAAAUCCAACCCCAAUAUCUUCGCCCGGAGCGCAGUUGUCUCCUCGGAUCCACCACCUCCCUUCACCUGUCGAGCCCACAAGCGCUCUCUUAGCCACACAGUCUCAGAAUGAGGCCUGCGCACCAGAAACAGCAAUAACCUCCGGUUACCACCCGAGUGCUGCGUCAAAGCGACGCAAGGUUGUUGGCGGUUCACGGCCAUGUACCACUAGGGAACGUCCCAUCAGCACGGCCGUCGAACGUGAACAUUGCGAUGAUGAUGAAAGCAGCGCAGGGGUCAAUCUUGAGCAAGAGCAGCCGCUCAAGGCACGCUCGAUCCGUCAAGUGCAUACGACCACCCGCUUUCCCCAGAGGACUGCGCGCAAGGAACAGUCUGUACCCAUCAUGACCUCCACGUCGACUGAGAAAUUGGUCUGCAGCAUCUGGCGACAGAUACACUCGGAGAUCCGGUGGGAUAUGACUGCCACGUCUCUAGGUCCGAACAUGUAUAUCCACGGAGCAAUGAGCAAGGAGGCAUUCCGAGUGGUGAAUUCACUGUGUUUCACGUACCACAGCCGCAGCCAGACUUACCGCGCACUGGAGAUGAUUGUCCAGGCCUACUGGGUGGAUUGCUACGAGGCCCGGAUCACGGCAAUCAGCCUGGAUCAGCCCACUUUAACCGCCACAGAGGCAAGAAUGUCUGCUUUGAGAGAGGCGUGCUCCGUGCAGAAGCUGACUGAAAAGGACCUUCGAAAUCGACUAGCAAUCUGGCGUGGGUACAAGGAAAUUAAGGAUGCCGGCGGCUGGGCUAGUCUCCUGUUUGCAGGCGUGGGCGUCUAUCGCUUCUGCAAAUACCGCAUCGGAUUCAACGAAGGCCUGCUCCAGCGACUGCGCCAACUCCGACACAGCUUCGAGGUUGCCGCCGACACCCUCCGCCCCGAAUGGCGGGAUCUGCUAGGUGCCGUCGGGCAAAAGUCCCCUCGCGAGUACGACGGCCACCCGCACGAGUGGGUUACCAUCGAUGGCCGCCCGGCAUGCCCCCUGCGAUCCACGUACGCGUUCCUUGGUAAAGAGCUGGUGUUUGAGUUUGUAGACGACUGCGUUAUAGACCGGGCUACCUUUGGCGCAGGGGAUCCGCGCAGAAUACUGCAGGCUGAACCGGACAUGUGUGCGCAGUGCCAGCAGAAGCAGUCGGAUGACGUGCAGCUCAACCGCUGCAGUUGCUUUCCGAAUCUGUUUGGGUGCGUACGGCUGCCUCCGCCCGUGCAGAUCUUCCGCACGGGCAAUGCAAAGAAUAACGGUGUUGUUGCUCGGCUUGACUUUGAGCGCGGCGCCGCGGUGGGUGAGUUUGUUGGCCUUGUGACGGCCGGCAUUGAUGGCGUCGAUGUGAUGGUAGGCGAGGCUUCGGGGCAGAGCUACCAGAUCUUCCAGGGACAAAUGGGUAACUUUACAAGAUUCAUCAACCACUCCUGCCACCCAAACGCGCAGUUCCAACGCUUCUGCUGGAUGGGUACGGAACGCAUUCUCGUCGUGUCACGCGGGAUCACGGCAGGCAGCGAAAUCACCGUGGACUACUCGGACGAGUACUGGAAGAACCUGGACAAGGAAUGUCUGUGUGGCGAGCCCUCUUGCCGGUAUCCAGACCGAUCACACAGCCCUCGGCAGCGGAGCAAGUCGUGA